CUCCUGUUCUCGAAGUUCCUCUCUGUUCUUUCUAACACCGAGGACCUCACCGUGGCCACCUCCCUCUGAGCGGGGUCAUUACGACCGAGGCCCCUGAGGGCCACGGCCGGAACGUGUAGGGGGACCGACGGUUUCCCAGCAGCCUCUGGGGCAGCAGCAGAACUGAAUCAAAAUGUCCGACGAGGAGGAUGUGGCUCCGGCCAUGAAGAGGAGCCGUGUGUUCUACGGUAGCCUGGAGGAAAAAGAGCGCGAGCGGCUGAAAUCGGAGGCGGCGAGCAGCGCAUCAACAGGAAGUGAUGCGGUGAAGGCGGGCAUCGAGGCGGGGAACAUCAACAUCUCGUCAGGAGAGACUCUGGAGCUGGAGGAGCGCGUCAGCGAGCGUCAGCAGGAAGCCCUCGCCGCGUUUGAGCGGAGGCGGCGAGCGCGGCAGAUCACCGUCUCCACCGACGACGCAGAGGUGAAGGCCGGCCUCCGGGCGCUCGGAGAGCCAAUAACGUUGUUCGGAGAGGGACCGGCUGACCGCCGGGAGAGGCUGCGCAGCGUUCUGUCUGUGGUCGGUCCGGAUGCUCUGAAGAAGUCCAGGAGAGACGAGGAGAGAGCCAAGAGGACCCAGGACGAGUGCCAGCAGACGUGGUACCAUGAAGGCUCCGCCUCCCUGAAGGACGCUCGACUCUGGUUGGCCAGAUACUCUCUGCCACGGGCAAUGAGGCGUCUGGAGGCUGCACGUGCUCAGAGGGAUGUUGCAGAGGGAACCAGGACGAUACGGCAACAGGAGCUGCACAAGAGCCUGAGGAAUCUCAACAACUUCUGCAGUCAGAUCGGUGACGACCGACCAAUCAGCUUCUGCCACUUCAGCCCCGACUCCAAAAUGCUGGCCACCGGCUCCUGGAGUGGUCUUUGUAAGCUGUGGUCCAUCCCCGACUGCAGCCUGAUUCGCACACUCAGAGGACACAACACGAAUGUGGGCGCGGUCGUGUUCCGCCCGCAGGCCGGAAUCUCUCUCGACCAAUCAGACGUUAGCUUGGCCUCCUGUGCUGCUGACGGGUCUGUGAAGCUGUGGAACCUAGAGAGUGACGAGCCAGUGGCGGACAUCGAGGGUCACAGUCAGCGAGUUUCUCGAGUGUCCUGGCAUCCUUCAGGGAGGUUCCUGGGAACCACCAGUUAUGAUAACUCAUGGCGUCUGUGGGAUCUGGAGGUUCAGGAGGAAAUCCUCCAUCAGGAGGGUCACAGCAAAGGAGUCCACGACAUCCACUUCCAUCCUGACGGCUCGCUGGCUGCCACCGGAGGGCUGGAUGCGUUCGGCAGGGUGUGGGACCUUCGGACAGGACGCUGUGUUGUUUUCCUGGAGGGACACCUGAAGGAGAUCUACAGCCUACACUUCUCGCCCAACGGGUAUCACCUGGCGACAGGAAGUGGUGAUCACACCUGUAAGGUGUGGGAGCUGAGGAACAGGAAGUGUCUGUACACAGUCCCCGCCCACCAGAACCUGCUGUCCGCUGUCCGCUUCCAGCCCACAGACGGUCACUUCCUGUUGACUGGAGCGUACGACAACACGGCGAAGGUUUGGAGUCACCCGGGCUGGACGCCGAUGAAGACGCUCGCCGGACACGAGGGGAAGGUGAUGUCCGUCGACGUGUCACCUGACGGGAAACUGAUCGCCACCAGCUCCUACGACCGAACCUUCAAACUCUGGCUGUCUGAGUGAUGUCAUGAUGAUGUCAGGCGUGAUGUCACAGCAGAACGCGCCUUUUUUAUUGUUAAAAAGUUUUUUCUUUUCUGAAAAAUGCAAAAAACAAAUCAAAUGUUUCUGUUUUCUGAUGAAAUAAAAGUUUACAUGUGGUCUCUGAUCCAGAAC